AUGAUGCAGUCGGCGGCAGACGACGAGGCCUCUGCAGAGCAGCAGUGGAGCCACGUCCCGUCCUCAGAGCAGGAAUCGAAGAGCAUCUUCAAGUUCCGACGCCAGCCUGAAGACCGGGAUGUUGUGCCGAAAUCGUCGGGGAGGGGGAGUUUGUCUACGCCCAGGAACACGAUUGUUCCUGAUCUGAGUGACGUUGGGAGUGGGGAACUACCCACUGCGCCACCUACACAGAACGUCGCUGUGAAAGGUUCAGCGAGGAAAUAUCUGCAGACGGAUGGCUCUAGUGGACCGCCACCUCCUGUGCCCGAACAGAAAAGCAAGAGUCGAGUCAAGGCACCGCGGUCUUUGCGUGGCAAGCUGCACUUCUACUUCGGCGAUGGAAAGGCUGCGGCUAGUGCAGCACGAAGUGCGAGACGAGCGUUGGGUCAUCUCUCACUGCAGCAAGCUGUCGCGUUUCUUCUGCUGCUGGCGGGGAUGGUAUCCGAGUCCGGGACACCAGCUCCACGUUAUAACGUUCCUAUCGCGAUUGGGCUCAUCUUGCUCCCGGCUGCGACUGAAGACGAUGCAGUCGCGUAUCUGCAGCGAGAGCACCACCGUUUAUUUAUCACGGGGCUAUCACUGGCCACUGCCGUCGACUUCGUGUGGUUGAUGCGCCCGCAGGAAGGAGCUUUCAACGGGUAUUUCGUUGAGAGUAUCAAGAGCUACACCGACAUCGGUAUCGCAGCGUGUGCUAUCGCUAAGGUUGCGCUCAUAUUUUGCAGCUACCUGGAACUUGUCGAUACCGAACCACCGCUUGAUGAAGACGGCGAGGACGUCUACAAGACUCCGUCCAUUCCGCCACCGAGUUUCAGGCUGUGGGAUAAACUGAAGUUUUUCUUCCCGAGACGAACGCUGCCGAAGCGCGCCCAGCUCAGUAUCGAAGUGCUGCACCGUGUACUUGUAUUGGCGUGGAUCCAUUUAAUUUGUGGCGCAUUACUGCUCGCGCUUGCAUUAAUCGCAACGAUGUGGUACGCGGGUCGAACACAAUUUCGCGUAAGCCCUGUGGGCAUCCCGCUCUACAUCAUGCUGCUUCUUAAAGCAGCCACAACGUUGCUGACAUACCUCACGAUUGCCCACCGAAUCAACUACGACGCAUGUCUCGAACUCUACGGCUUGAAACAACGCGACCCCAGCAGCAGAGUCCGAGAAGUCGAUGGAGUGCAGAUGCGUCUACCACAAGAACCCGUGUUAGCUUAUAACCGGGCGUGGCUGCAUCGAGUCCAGCGUGCCAAGGUGUUGGAUGCCAUAGCCGGCGGCUAUCUCCUGCUUGUGUUCUACGCUGCACUGCGCAGUGGCAUGAUCGUCGGUGGAAAGGGAGUUCCGACGAUGUUAGCCUGCAUUGCGGUGGUUCAACUGGUGCUAGAUAUCUGGACACCACUUCUCAUUCUCGUAGCAGCACGCUGUGGUUCAGCCCUCCAUGCUCUCCACCAUCGAGGAAUUCCGGGGACAGACCCACUUUUCCCUCCGCAACUUCGCUGGGAAGACAGUGAUGAAGAAGACGAUAGCAGUGACGACGGUACCGAAGACGGGAGUGAAGACGAGAGCGAAGAGGAGGAAUCGGAAGGUGAUCUGUCUUACCAUUCGUCUUCAUCCAGCGGAGAUGCUGACAGAACCCCAGCUGAGAGACGCGCACGAAGACUAUUACACCGUCAGCGACGACUUGAGAGUCUUCGUGCUAGUCCACGUGACCCGCAACUACCGAUUGUGGACGCUGACGCCGUUGAGGGGGACCAAAUUGCACGUAGUGCUCGCGAUAUUGCCACUGCUCGAGAUGUCGUGGAGAACGCCAAUAGCUCUGGAACAGGAGCGUGGGUGCGUCACUGGCAUGAGGCUUCAAGGAGAGCCUACCUCGUACACUCGCUUACCGGUGAGGCAGUCUGGGAGAUCCCUAAGAAGACAAAUACGGCACCGACUUCGCCCAGGCCGCUGGCGUCAGCCAGGGAGUUGGUUAGAAUCGACGAUCUCGUAAGUGCUCGGCUCACUUCAGAGGCGUUCAUCAAACGCUGGAGCGAGCUGGCCGAUGGUGGCGGCUUCAAUUGCAGAGUCUCUCGAAUCCCGGACUCGGUUGUGCUGGCACAGCACCUCCAUGACCACGACUUUAUUAUUGUGUCGGACGGCCCUCGCCACCACGGAGAUCAGCAACGCACCGUGUUAUUCUAUGCGGAGGAUAGCGAGGAUGGAGAGGAGGAGGCACUCAUGUUUAUGGGUGAAUUUGUCUUCGACAGUCUUAGUCUAAAGCUUCGCGCGUGCUUUCGGUGCGCGGAUCCAGAGGCGAUCGUGCCGUUCGUGAAGCGGCUGCAACUCAAGGAGAUCGUAGGAGCCUACGCCCCAUGCGAUUAG